AGAGCCUCCGCCCUCCGGCAGCAGUUUUAAGCCGGAGCCCCGGCUGAGCUCCGGCAUCCGAGCACCGGCAGCCAGCGAGCGAGCUUACCGGAGGCAUCCACGGCAGAAAGGCAGGGGUUUUCUUGCUCGCUGAAAGGGAACAAAAUGAGCCUGAGACAGACCUUUCUCUUCUUUCUUCUGGCGGGAGCCAUCGCCGUGCUGCAAUGCCAGGAAUGGCUUGUACGCAUUACCCAAAGUGGCCAAGCAAGUCAACUAAGAAGAGUUACAGGCAGAUGCAGAGACCCCUACACCAGACAGACCUACAACCGGAAGGAGAGUUGGCUCCGCCGAGUCAAAGAGAGAACGGAAUAUUGCCGGUGUGAGAACAGUCGCGUCCUCUGCCAUGCAGUACCUGUCACAGGCUGCAUCAAGCCACUUUGCCUCAAUGGGGGCCGUUGCCAGAAAGCCUUGUAUUCCCCCAACCUUUUCAUUUGCUUCUGCCCGCCGGGCUUCUCGGGGAAGUUCUGUGAAAUUGAUACCAGAGCUGUGUGUUACCAGGAUACAGGGGACACAUACAGGGGGACAUGGAGCACAACGGAGAGCGGUGCGGACUGUGUGAACUGGAAGACCAAAGCUUUGCGGUUGAAACGGUUCCAUGCGGAUAGUCCAGACGCCUUGCAGUUGGGGCUUGGUGAUCACAAUUAUUGCCGAAAUCCAGAUAAAAGCUCAAAACCCUGGUGCUACGUUCUUAAAAAAAAUAUGUACGUCUGGGAAUAUUGCAGCAUUACGUCCUGCACCGACGAAAAAAAUUCCUGCGUUUUGGGAAGAGGCACCGACUAUCGGGGCAGCCAUCACCAAACAGCAUCUGGGGUGACGUGUCUCAGAUGGGACUCCCACAUCCUUGACAAGAAAGUUUACAACGCCUUCCACCCCAAUGCCCAUAUUCUGGGCCUCAGCAGCCACAACUACUGCAGGAAUCCUGACAAUGACACUCAGCCGUGGUGCCAUAUAUUCAAGAAUGGAGUGACAAAAUGGGAACGUUGUGACGUGCCCGCCUGCUCCACUUGUGGGCUAAGGAAGCACAAAGUGGCGGAGAUCCAGAUCAAAGGAGGUGCCUACUCAUAUAUUGAGUCCCACCCGUGGCAGGCGGGCAUUUUCGUGAAGAACCGAGGUGCCGAAGGUUAUCACUGCGGUGGCAUCCUCAUCAAUUCCUGCUGGAUCCUCUCAGCAGCUCACUGCUUUACAGGCUGGAGCAUUGACCCCCGACGCCUCAAAGUUGUCCUGGGCCGGACGUUCCGUGUGAAAUCAUCCGUCACAGAGCAGAUCUUCCAAGUGGAGAGAUACAUUACACACGAGAAGUACAACUCCAGGACUUUGGAUAAUGACAUCGCCCUGCUGAAGUUGAAAAGCCAAUCCGAAAACUGUGCCACAGAAACUGACAGCGUCCGUCCUGUUUGUCUCCCCAAUGCUGGACUCCAGUUGCCCGAAUGGACGGAAUGUGAGGUGUCCGGAUACGGCAAGCACGAAGUGUCUUCGCCUUUCCACUCAGAACGUCUGAAGGAAGGACACGUGAGGCUCUAUCCAGACAGCUUCUGUACCUCCGCACGACUUGCAAACAGGACUGUCACCGAGAAUAUGUUGUGCGCAGGGGAUACCCGACAACUUCACGACGCCUGCCAGGGUGACUCCGGAGGCCCCCUGGUUUGUCUGAACGAUGGCCGCAUGAAGUUAAUUGGUAUCAUCAGCUGGGGGGUGGGUUGUGGCAAGAAAAACACGCCGGGGGUUUACACACGAGUGGUUCGCUACCUGAACUGGAUCCAAAAGAACGUGCGUAACUGAGUCCUUUGGGGCUUCCUUGCAUCAGGGAAUCACACAUUGGAAACUGGGCUGGGAAGCCGGUGUCAUUCAUGAGGAGGACACACCCUUUGCGCGGUGCCUCUCUCCUGCAACAACGAGUUCGAGGUCUGUGCGGCUGUGCUUAGGAACCAGACCAAAACAAUAGCGUUGUGUUUUUUCAAGCAGCAUUUCUACACCUACCUAAGACCGGAUGCUUACAAGUAAUCCUCGUCUUGGGACCGCAACGGAGCCCGGAAUUUCUGUUGCUAAGCGAGACAGUUAAGUGAAUUUUGCCCCAUUUUAAGAUUAUUCUGGCCACGAUUGUUAAGUGAAUCAUCCCAGUUGUUAAGUUAGUAACCCAGUUAAGUGGAUCUGGCUUCCCUCCCCCCCUUGACUCUGCUUGUCAGAAGGACACAAAAGGGGAUGAUGUAACUCUGGGACACUGCAACCGUCAUAAAUAUGAGUCAGUUCUGAAUUUUGAUCAUGUGACCAUGGGGAUGCUGCAAUGGUCAUGUGAAAAAGAGUCAAAAGGCACUUUUUUUCAGUGCUGCUGUAACUUUGAUCAUUAAACUAAUUGUUGUAAGUUGAGGAUUACUGUAUUUUUCGGAGUAUAAGAUGGACCUUUUCCCCCCAAAAAUGAGGGUGAAAAUCUGGGUGUUUCUUAUACUCCACCCAGUAUGUAGCCCCCCCCCGGCUUCUCAAAUGGAGGUUUUAGAGGCUGAAAAAAGCAUCAGAAACGAAGCUUUAGAAAAAAAGGUCCCAGAGCUUCAGAAAAAAAAGCCUCCUAGGAGAGCUUCAGAAAAAAAGCCUCCAAACAGAGCUUCAGAAAAAAAAGCCUCCUAGGAGAGCUUCAGAAAAAAAAGCCUCCAAACAGAGCUUCAGAAAAAGAAGCCCCCAAAUAGAGCUUCAGAAAAGAAGCCCCCAAACAGAGCUUCAGAGGCUUUUUUUCUGAAGUUCUGUUUCGGAGGCUUUCAGAGGCAGGAAAAAAAGCAAGGCACAGAGCUCACAACCAAGGAACCUGUUGCUAAAAUUCACCUCUGGGAACAGCUGAUUGCGGGUAUUCUGGGAGGCCGAUCCACCUGCCAAUCAGCUUUUUUCUUAUUUUCCUCCCCAAAAACUAAGGUGCGUCUUAUACUCGGAAAAAUACGGUACCUGUAUUUGUUACAACAUCUGAGCAUUGCUCUGCCUCUAUUCUUCUUGAAAAGUCCUGCUUUGGGAGACUUUGAGUAGAUGGGCCUGGGCUGGCCUUGGGCUCCCUCACAUAUGCCUCCCCUAGUUGAUUUUUUGAAAAAAAAUCAUCUUUCUGUAAAUUAAGGGAAGCAUUUCAAGGUCUUUUCUACAAAACUGAAGAAAUCCUUGAGAGGAAACCAAAUCGUAGAAUUAAUUGCUAACAUUUUUUUAUAUAUAUAUAUAUUUAAAGGAGGAAUCGCUAAUCACUGAGCACCCCUCUCUCCGUAAAACUUCAAAGACUAUUUUUAUACUCUGUAAAUAUUCCACGUUUUCUGUAUAAAAUCAAAACUCCACUUCCCGAUGUGCAGAGUGACAAGAGGUGUCUUCUGCUAUCCAGAAGACUAUUGGGAAUCAUCUCCAGUAUGUUUUAAUGCAUUAAACUAUUUUAAGUUA